CCUGUUGCAACACGCAUCAAACAACUUAUUUUUCAUGGUUACAGCUAGCCGCUAACAACGUUUACUGCUUAAUAAAUAUAAGUGAAAUAAACUUCUGUUUAAUGUAAUGUUCAGUUUUAUUCGGUUGCAUAAAGCAGUUGAUUGUAUGUUAACCUAACAUUGUGAUUAUAUUUUGUUAAGCCACUACGGUCUUUGGUAGCCGCACUGACCGUAUCGUGCAGAUAUAUAUGAUUUGUGUUGCCUCUUCAAUCGUGUCUCUGCUUGGUUAUGUAUUCCGUGAAACCUUUGAAUCUUAACAGGACCAUCAAUCCUCAUGUGUACAGCCGUUUUUCGGAGGUACUCCGACAUCCGCUAGUGCAACGAUGUGAAGAGCUACGCCAAAUAUUUGAGGAUGAACCCAUUCACAAUUUGUACGACAUAUUUCCGGUGCUGGUUAACGCUAUUUUCGAUUUGAAUGGUCCGGGAUGGAAUCUACGCAAAAUAACGCGUGAGAAUGCACAGUAUGACUUUGACCUGCUGCACGAAUUUUUCUCACCCCUGCGGGGUCCAAUGAUCCGGCUGUGCUACAAGUUAAUGGACCGAAGCCGAUUUGAAGUGCCUAUUAGAUAUUUGCCGAUUAAAAUGCAACACAUGCUAAUUGCCGGUCUGUAUCCACCGUACUACUCAACGCGCAUUAGGAUAGAUCCGUUCAGACGCCGCGCCGUGGCAUUAUUAUUAAAUUCGUUUGAAUAUUUUCUAACAUUUUUCGCACUGUACGGAAUAGUUCCAUUGCGCAAUCUGUACCCAAACAUUGCAGUAAACAGUGCAGAAAAUAGUCGCAGUGAAACGAUUUACUUAAUUCUUGCGGCGGAUCUUUUCAUCGUUUCGGUACCGAGUAAUCCGGACGUGUAUCUGUUAGCACCGGAAAUUGCUCCAAUGCGACCAGCACCACCUAUAAUACGGUCGAAAAAAAAGAAUGUGAGAGAUCCUACAAAAACGCUAAAAUACUUGCUUCAUCAGCGACUCUUUCCGGAAGUUCCGGAUGUAAAGCCACACCGGGUAGAUGCCAUAGCGGAAGGAUUCCAUUGGCGGGCAGAGGGUGUGAUCUACAUUUUGUCUGACGUAUGGCUCGGGACGGAGGUGAAUGAAUCGGGCAUCUUGCCCGAUAUCGAUUUGGUGCGUUAUGUGCGAAUUCUGGUCAAGCAGCUGCAUGGAUUUUCGAACUGUACCGAGGUGGGCACCAACACCCAGAUCGAGAUGUUACGCCGUGAUUCGGUGGGUUUAAUCGUACCGCGCAUUACCGUAUUUCUGCGUCAUUUGUUUAUGCUUUGGCCGCUGGAUCAAUCCUUUACGGACGUUCUAGAGCUGUGGCUCAGCUACAUUCAACCGUGGCGAUACAUCGAUGGAAAGCCGCGCAAUCGUGAAUAUGACGAACCGAUCGACUCACAGUACAACGGAUUCAUCUCGUGCAACCUAAACGCAUACAGCGAAAUGUUCGUAUGGCUUAUGUUACGCAUCGCGUCCAGUGACGACCCAAUUCAGCGUUACACCACGUUACUGUUUCGCACGUUAAAGGUAUUCGGGCAAGGAAAUUUGCUACAACUUUUACGCCAGCAAAAUGAACGACUAUCGAAGAUAAAGAUGGACUCAAACACCGUUGUCAAUCUGCUGCCGGUCAAUCGCAAACAGUACGAACUGAUUACGUACCCAUUUGAUGAUCUGCGCCCCGGGCUUAUUCGACACGAGGGCCUUCUGAUACCGAUGUUUUCGGAACAGGUACAGAUAGCGCUUGAAACGAUUACGGCCAACAUUUGCACUCGCAUUCUGGACAAUGAAUCGGUGCUGGGACAGCUGGCUAUCGAUACCGAAUUUACGCGCCAAUCGUGGACGCGAUGGAUGCCGUUAACCCUUAUUCGACGCAUCGAAUACGAACGGACAACGGCAGAGUUAAGCGAGGAGCAACGACGGCUGAAAUUUGCGGUGCAAAUUCUCGAACAGUGCUUCUUUAUUGUGCCGGUGUACAAACAGCGUGAUCCACCCCCCACACCAACGCCGGUGAAUCUUGUGAAAAUCGGCGAUAAAGCAAUCGAACCGGUCACCAGCAGUGAGUGCAAGUUUUUGGUGCGCUUUCUGCAUCUGGUAUGUUCCAAGGUGAAUAUAAUGUUUAGCGAAGACAUGGAACGCUGGUGGGAUCGUGGUGGAUUGCUUGGGCGGAUUGCACGCCGUACGCUGGAACCGCGUGCUACGAUAGGCCACUUUGUCCGGAUGCCUAUCGAUGUUCACGGUUCCAAACAACUGGUGCUGACGGAGGUGGGACCACGCUUAAAUUUACGCUUUCUGGCAUCGUACACGUCGAUAAUCAUCAUCAUUAGUUCGUUCGUGUUCGGGUACAUUUGCUUCGGUGUACCAAGCUACGGAUUUCUAGUUUUGGUACUGUUGACGCUUGUGUAUCAGCUUGUAAAACCAGGAAAUGACGAAGUCAACCAUCAACGUUCACGCCAAACCCCAUUAGUGCGAAAUAUGGAUACUGUCGCUCUAAUGAAAUGAGUAUACUUUAAAGAUAGAGAACUAUAUAUGUAUGUUAAUUGCUGCUUGAUAGCUACUAAAGUGGGUUUUUACAAAAAAAAGGAUUUAAAAAUGAAAAAAACCUCCAACAAUAUCAUGCCAUUUUCCCUGUUGGUGAAAAGAUAGUAAAACAUUAAGAACAAGUGCGAGCGAUUGCCAUUGCCAGGAGGAAUUGUCCAGUGACUGAUGCAAAAUGUGCUAAAUUGAUGACAUGCAUAAUAUAUUUUCAUAUCUUUCCGGUAAUUUAACUUGUAAGUUGUUUUUAGGCGGCUAUCUGUGACUUUGUAUAGCUCAAUAUGGCAGGCAGGAAUUUCUAUAUUAUAAAGAAGUAAUGAUUCCAUAA